GAGGGAGAGAGAUGGGGAGCAGAAGGAGCUGCAGACAAAAACAAGCUGUCUUCCUUGUGGUGAUUUGAUCACAGUUGUUGAAGGAUACUUUUGUUGGACAAUAUUUCUGCAAGAGACUCAACAACAGAGGCCGUAAUCCCCACUCGGCGUUUCCCAUCCCAUAGUUGAAGCUAACCACCAACUGUUUCAGUGAUGCAGUGUGAGGAGCUCUCGGCCAGAGAGGAGUUCACCUACAGCCACAUGCCCACUCUGGAGAGGGGCGGUGGGUCGCUGGGACGACGGGUUGACAGGGGAACGGAGAGAAGGCCAGACAGGGGGGAGCGGUAUAGGCCCGAGCGGGACAGCUACACAGUGGACGUGAGGGCCAGUGACCUGCAGCUGGCCCAGCCGGAGCCUCUAAAGCACCCCUGCUUCAGCUACAGGGCCUGGCUCUACAGUGUCCUCAUAGGGGGCAGUCUGCUCAUCACAUCUGGUUUCUCUCUGUACCUGGGAAAUGUGUUUCCUGUUGCUAUGGACUACCUGCGCUGUGCUGCAGGCUCUGGCAUCCCUGCAGCCAUUGCCAGUUUUGCCAUUGCCAAGAACAGACAUGUUGCAGUAUCAGAUUUCCAAGUGGUCUACGUGUCAACAUUUGCUGUGACGACUACCUGCCUGGUUUGGUUUGGAUGUAAACUGGUCCUGAACCCUUCUGCUGUCAAUAUCAACUUUAACCUCAUUCUGAUGAUUUUGCUGGAAGUGUUGAUGGCUAGUACUGUCAUCCUGUCAGCUCGCUCUGCAGAAGACUGCUGCUGCCACAGGAAGCCGGUGACUUAUGACAGAUCUGUGAUUCAAUCGCCUGCAGUGUUCCCCACUCGACUCCUUAAAGCCUAUUCUGUGAUUGAAGUAAUCGUGGGAAUUUCUGCUGUAUUCGGAGGAAUAAUUGCACUCAACAUGGAUGCUUUGCUACCUGGUCCCUACUUGUCUGUCACAUUUUUCUGGAUCCUUGUUGCUUGUUUCCCAAGUGCUAUUGCCAGUCAUGUCGUCUCAGAAUACCCCAACAAAUGUCUGGUGGAGGUGCUGAUUGCCAUCAGCAGCGUGACGUCUCCCCUGCUCUUUUCAGCCUCCGGCUUCCUCUCUUGCAGUGUGAUCAGCUUUAUUGAAAUUUUCCUGCAUGAAGUGCCUACAGCCAAGCAAUCCUACGACAUCCUGCUGCUGAUUCUGAUGGUGCUGCUGCUGGUGCAGGCAAUUCUAACUUCAGCCACUGUGGUGCACUGUGCCUCCUACAAGAGUCAGCUCCGCAUGGGGGCUCCAGAGUGCGAUGACGGCAUGCAUACCUCGACACAUUACUUUGAGCAGCAAGCAGCCAAUGGAACGCUGCAGGAUUUCGACAAAGACAGAGCCUGGAAGGCAGUUGUGGUCCAAAUGGCCCAAUGAACAGUCCUACAGUGCACAGAGAAGUUUGAUGAGAAGUGGAAAAAGGAAGAAUAAAACAAACUAUGUAAGCAGAAGAGUACAAUCCUGAGACAGAACACACUGGAAGGAAGAAAAGGCAGAAAAGAUAGAGAUGGUGAGAUAUCGAGGGAAAGGGGGGAGGAGAUAAAGAAUGGAAGGGAAAGAAACCAGAGAGGGGAAAAAGGUUUGAAAGAAUGUAAGGCAGAGAAUAUGGAUUCUACGGAUAUAGAUUUGCGUAGAUAAUGAUUUUAUUUCUAUGUUCUGUUAUGUUUUUUUUUAAAUAAUUACUGUAUGUUUACUGUAGUGAGCAGGGAAUUGAAUUAUUAUCUGUAGGGUAAUAAGUAUCUCCACUUUGCUACCAUACAAUGAACAAUCAUAGGAGUCAAUGUUUAGAAGCAGAAAAAUGGUCCAGAGUACCCAGGCCUAAACACAAAGUUCUAUUCAUUCAUUUCAUUAUCCGUAACCGCUUAUCCUAAUUAGGGUCUCAGGGGCUGGAGCCAAUCCCAGCUGACACUGGGCGAGAGGAGGGGUACACCCUGGACAGGUCCACACAGUUCUAUGAUGUCUCAAAAUAUUUAGCUUUAUAAAAAAUGUAUUCUGGAUUUAAUGGAUGAUGCCGUUUUGGCAGUAUCAUUGUUGAGGUACAUACAAAAUAUCUAACUCAAUGCACGGUUUGGUUUAUUUUUCUUUUUUUGUAUCACUACAAAAAGAAUGAUCUAAAAUGAGAGAUCUAUGCACUUUUGAUACUUUUCUUACACAGCUUGUAAUGUCUUUUCUACCACCUGGCACAGGCUCAGUUUAUUCUAAUGUAUCAAUCUGUCACAACUUGGUGAUGUUGUGAAACAGCCACAUACAGCAGAGUUUUCAUAGAUGAAAAAUAUCCUCAAAGACUUUAUUCUCUGAUUUUCUUUCCAAGUUUUGCUCAGUAGUUGAUCUCUUUGUGUCUUCUUGUACAGUGAUGUGAUUGUAGUCAUAACAACUUAUUACAAGAGAAUAGAUCCACCCGGAUAUUGCAGAUUAACUGAUGUAUAUAUUUUUUAACUGAAUUUCUGUUUCAUUUAGAAUGUUGUGUAUAAUGUUUCAUGGUUGCUCUUCUUUUUUUUUCAUGUUAAUUGUAGGAAACUAUCUACAGAUCAAAUAUUAUUGGUAAGCUCACAGGCAACAAAUACAAACUUUGACAUUAAUUACCUGGAUAAUUACCUGGAUCUAGUUUGAAUCUUGGUUUAAGAUGUAAGGCUGUGUUGUUGUUUAGACUUUUGUGUAUUUAUAUAUCGAUGUUUACUGAAAAAAAAUCUUUCACACCCCUG